GUUUCUUGCUACUCAAACAAAGAUAUAUUAGAACCAAUAUUGUAUGUGGAAUGUAAAUGGUGCCAUAUACCAUAUAAGCUAUCAAAGAAUAUGGUUUACAUUAUUAAGUGUGUUUGAUUAGCCAUUUGGAAGUUUGGAACAACAUUCAUACACAUUCCAAUGCUAAAACACACAUUUCAAAGCUUUGAUCGUGAAAGAAGGUCUUGGACUAAGUUGAGUGAACUUGGUUCACGUUGGCAAUUCAAACGCAGCCUAAGAUUGUUACUUAGUGUAUGAUUGUUUUUGAGUUCAAUCCAGUUAGCAAAUAUUCUAAAUCUUCAUUCACACAAUUCCAAGUGUUGAACCUGAAAGGAGUCCUCCUUGGCCUGUCAAGACUCGGUUUGAAUCCAUUGAAAUACAAACAGUCUUCGUGCAUGGCUUGAAACUCACACAAAAACUACAUCAUGAUUUACUAACGCAAAAACCAAGGAAAAUUGCUUUGUCUACUAUAGUUUUGGUUUCACCUAAGACGAGUUUUGAGAAAACAGAAGUUCAAUCCAAACCAAAAAGUACCAAAUCAUGAGUAGUAGCUGCAUAGCAAUACAUACCCUAUCACAAACAACAAGUAUAAGUUCACACUUGAAUUCCACUCACAAGAGAAAAGAAGAAAUGAGAGAUAUGAUAGGUGACGUAAUAUGAAAGGAAAAAAAAUAAGUGUAAAUGAGAUAGUAGAGAAUGAGAAGUGUGAAUCAAUUGAAACCAUGUUGCAAAGACAUUGGAGUAAUAGUCAAGCUCCUUUGUCCUUUUGCUUUUGUGUUCUUACAGCAAGUUGGAACUUAGGUGGAUUGAGUGAGUAAGCAUGAAAUUCUUGAGGCCGGGCCGGCACUCUCUCAAUUUCCAACUGUGAAUGAACACACAACCUGUCUUCUACUACCUUUGGAUUUUCAGAAUCUUGUUGUCAAUGUAACUGUUCACCAAAUAUCUUAAAUACCACAUUCCAAAAACCCAUCAUUGUGUUUUGCACCUUCUAUUUUUCACCCCUCUAAAAGUUUUCAACUGCCUUUUGAAUCUCUCAUCCUGUUUUUGAGAACCCUACCAACUUUACUCAAUUAGUAUCCCUAACACACCCAUUUGCUUAAAAAGAUAAACUUUUUGGUUCAUACAAUCUCAAAAUAUAAUCUUUUUUAAAUUUCCACUACCACAGUGUCAUUGCCUUUUGUGGGUCUUGAUUUGAAAAUUCCUAUUUUGAGCCAAUGGUGGUGAAGAUGAUGAGAUGGCCUCCAUGGCCACCUCUCUCUUCCAAGAAAUUUGAAGCAAGUUUGGUGAAACCUGAGGAGGUGAGAUCCUUGGUGGAAUUUUCUACACUGAAAGCAGGUCUGAGAAGAGUAAAAACCUUUACUGAUUAUGUAUCAACUCGAAGAGCAAAGAAGGCAAGCUACAAAGAUGAAGGAAGUGAUGGUAGAAGCUCCACUAGAAGUGAAGAUUCUGAAUACAAGUAUACAUCUGAUUUAGAUUCACAAGAUAAUGAUGAUGUGAAUAAAUCAGAAGAGAGGGAUGAGGAUUCUUGUGUGAGGCAUUCAAUGAGCUAUGAGACACUGACCUGUGGAAACAAUGUAGGAGAAUCACCUUAUACAAGUUCAACUUUUAAUGGUAAAAAUGAAUUCAAGCUCAACAGUGGCAGCCAAAAUUCCUAUUUUGGGGAUGCCCUUGUUGAGAAUUAUAAUACAUGUGAUCAGGUGGAGUAUCAUAUUUCAAAAUACCGAAUCCUUUCUUGGAGGAAACGGAAGCUGCAGUUUAGAUCCAGAUCCUUCAAGGUGAAAGGAGAGCUACUUCUGAAAAAACAUUAUGGAGAAGAGGGUGGAGAUGAUAUUGAUUAUGAUCGGAGGGUGCUAAGCUCUUCUGAUGAAUACACUUGUCAAAAGUGGCAUAAAACACAAGAAAAUAUCACCACUACUCAAUCAUCUAUCUCUGGGUUUGGGGAGAACAAUUUUACUGUAGGCACUUGGGAGCACAAGGAAGUCAUUAGCCAGGAUGGACUGAUGAAGCUGCAUACCGAAAUCUUUUUCGCUUCAAUCGACCAAAGGAGCGAAUGUGCCGCGGGAGAGAGUGCAUGUGCAGUCCUAGUUGUUCUGAUUGUUGACUGGUUGAAACUAAACCAAGCUGAGAUUCCAAUCAAGUGUGAGUUUGAUAGCCUGAUCAAAGAUGGAUCAUCAGAAUGGAGAAUCAUCUGCGAGAACAAGGACUAUAUGAAGAAUUUUCCUGAUAAACACUUUGAUCUUGAUACUGUUUUCCGAGCCAAAACCCGUCGAGUAUCAGUAGUCCCGGAAAAGUCCUAUGUUGGAUUCUUCAUUCCAGAGGAACUUGAGGAGGGUGAAGGUUUUGAUUUCCUUCAUGGUGCAAUGUCGUUUGAUAGUAUAUGGGAAGAAAUUAGCCAUUGUGCAUCUGAAUUGCACUUGUUUAGUGAGGCAAUUGUAUACAUAGUGAGUUGGAAUGACCAUUUUUUUGUCCUAAAGGUCCAGCAUGAUGCUAACUACAUUAUAGACACUUUGGGGGAGAGACUGCAUGAAGGGUGCAAUCAGGCCUAUAUCCUGAAGUUUGAUGCAAACACAAGAAUUGAGAAACUGUGUAAUGAAAAUCAGGUGCUGGAUGCAAAACCUCCGAGUGAUGAAGUCAAUGAUGUUAGGAAGAAGGAGAUUAUAUGUAGAGGCAAGGAGUCAUGCAAAGAGUACAUUAAGAGAUUCUUGGCUUCAAUCCCUGUUAGAGAGUUGCAGGAUGAUGUCAAGAGAGGCUUGAAAGCAUCCAUGCCACUUCAUCGACGAUUACAAAUUGAAUUCCACUACACAACCCUCAAGUAACCCUUGCUUUAAAAUAAUAACAGCUGAUUUGUCAACACUACAGUGGUAUUGGCAGUUGUAUAUUUCAUUUCUAUGGAGCUGCACUGUGAUUAGUAACUAAUGUUUUCCCCUUUUGAGUUUGGUUUUGACAACUUAGCAUUAGAAACCCAUUUGAGUUGCUUACCCUGAGAUGAAGAUUCAGUUUUUUGAAUUUUCAUAACCUGGUUUUCUGAUCAAUAAUGUUCUUGAUUAUGGUAGGGGCUUUUUAAUCUUAACACUAAAUGUAUAGAUCCCAUUUCAUUUCAUGUAUGUGACUAUUUAUAUAA